CGUGCCAAAUAUACCCGUUUGUCUGACAGCGUCAAGAUUCAUAUCGCCGUCGAUGCAGCUGUAGCGCUGGUGUUUACUCAUGAACAGCUGGUAGCUUGAACAUGUUCUCUCAGAUGCGACGAGUAAGAGCAACCUUUUUGCUCCCUUAAAAUCCCAGCACAAGAAAACAACGCGUCUUGGCAUUUAGAAUGAGCUGGUAGAAGUUGAAUUAGCUUUCAUCAACACUCAUCCUCGAUCGGUUUGCACAGUUUGCUGAAUGAGUGAAUUAUGAAUACCAUGUUUUUGCCGUUAGUGAUAAACAUAACCCGCAUUUUAGCGGCAACUGCUGGGCAGGAACAGGAGAACUGCAGGACUGUUGGCUCAACUUCUAACACUUUGAUCUCGGGUCACGUGCUAAGGACCAUUCAUGACGUCACACAGGAGAGCUGCAUAUUCAAAUGCGAGUAUUACCCACAAUGCUUUAGCGUUAACUAUUAUCACGUGACACACAAGUGUGAAUUGAAUGGGCGGAGUCGUAGAACUAAUCCGUGUGACGUCACGACUCAAAGUGGUGUGCUAUAUAUCGAAAGCCUUCGUUGCCAUGGUUACGAUGCGUGUACGUUACAGCCCUGCAUGAAUGGCGGGAUUUGCGAAGCAAUUGCUACAUGUCCCGGUUACAUCUGCAGAUGUGGGACUAAUUUCACAGGAAUACACUGUGAAGACUGUAACCAGCGCGGCAAUGCCUUAGGCAUGGAGAGCCACCUCAUACCCGACGACGCCAUUACUGCUUCCUCGUUCGAGCCCGCAUACCAACCAUACAGCGGUCGCCUUAACGCAAAGGGGUGGAUAGCCUUGGCAAACGACACAGGCAACCCAUACUUCCAGGUCCGAUUCGGGCAGGAGAAGAUUGUAUCAAAGGUCAUCAUACAGGGGGUCCUCGGGGAUAAGGUGGAUGACCACGCAUGCGUAAAGACGUUGUAUUUUUCGUCGAGUUUGGAUGGCGUACGAUGGGUGGAUAAUAGACCCAGGGAUUUCAGUGCGUGUCAGGUUUUCUAUGGACAGACAGAGCUGGUCUUUGCAGCCCCCAUCCAUGCGAAAUACAUCCGCAUUAACCCAACCAACUGGUUCCGGCGACCAGCACUAAGAAUCGAAUUAUACGGCUGUGAUCCACCAAAUAACACUUAGAGUAGUGGUUACAAGAGUUGCGCGCGAACCCUACGCCCACCCCCCUGAACUAAAAAUGAGAUUCUUCUCAAAAGAAAUGCAAAUAUAUAAUUAUGAUGUCUUUGCCAGCGCCCCUUUUGCCCGCUCUGACUGGCUGACGGGCCAUUAGAAAAGUGAAGGGGGGUGGGUAAGGAACAAAAAAAAUCAUACGCGAUAAAAAGCCUGGAAAAAAUGCUUGCAACCCAAACCACACAGAAAAAUGCAUACAACGAUUAAAAUAAAUUAAACACGUCUUGGAAACAAGCAAAAGAAAAACAUGCACGACUGAAAACUCCUCCUCCCCCCUCCGUUCCUAAGUUUAUUUCUUAUCAAUGGAAAAGUAACACCAAAACAAACUACUCCUAACGUAAGUUAUUGAAUAUUUCACAACAAACGUCCACUAUAACAAAACUGAUUUUUAUUGAAUAUACUAUAUUUUACGUUUUCGUCUAGAUAAAUUCUUUUACAUUAUGAGAUUUUCUAGGCCAGACAAUUACAUAAUAAGAUUUGCUAUGCCAAACUAUGUAUUUUACUUUGAUGCAACAAUUGAUAUAAUCGAUUCGAAGCUUUUUAAUAAAUAAAAGGAUGUGAAAUAAUA